GACGACCUGCAUCCGCCAUCGGGUUCUCGUCCUACCACCUCUACCAUCUCCUCUUCGUACCACCACACGGCGAGGCAUAACGAUGUCGACCACGAUCGCGCAGCCGACGCCGGACAAGAUCCAGAUCCUGGCGCACGAGCAGUACGACUCCCCAGAUGCCCUCUCCCCCUCCUCCGUUGCCCCGGACCCGCUCGAGCAGUUCCGCGCCUGGUUCAAGGCCGUCUCUGGGCGUGGCAACGUUCGUGAACCCGAGGCUAUGACGAUUUGCACCGCGACCGCGACUGGGGUGCCGUCCGCGCGCGUCGUGCUCCUCAAGCAAGCAGACGCGCGGGGCUUCGUAUUUUACACCAACUACACCUCGCGCAAGAGCCGCGAGCUCACGGAAAAUCCGCAUGCCGCGCUCGCGUUCUACUGGCGCGAGGAGAGCCGCCAGGUACGCGUCGUCGGUCGGGCCGAGCGCGUUACGCGCGAGGAGAGCGAGGAGUACUUCCACAGCCGCCCGCGGGGCUCACAGGUUGGCGCGUGGGCGAGCAAGCAGAGCACGGUCGUGCAGGACGGGGAGAUCCAGGCGCGUGCGGAGAAGCUGAAGGAGAGGUUUGGGGAGGCCGAAGUCCCGCUGCCAGAGUUCUGGGGAGGUUGGAGGAUCGUGCCUGACGAGGUCGAGUUCUGGCUCGGGAAGCCGUCCCGCCUGCACGACCGUGUGGUAUACACCCGCGUCGGAGGGUCCUCGGACGACGCCCCUCUGUGGAAGGUCGACAGACUUGCUCCUUAAUGGGCUCGCGCCGCUACAAAUAGAAACAGAAGUCAUGUACGUUCAUAGCCCGGCCGAGUGUUGGUAACCUUGUAUAAAAAUCCACAGCGACUCCAAUUGUCGAGACCAGUAAU